AGUAUAUGGGAAUUAUCUCUGAUUUAAGUAGCUUGUCUAUUUCUUUGAGAUGCUAUAAUCCUCUUACAAAUACCAUUCACCAAACUGUAUCAAAAUAACUGAGCAGUCCGUGUAGUACAAAAACCCACACGAAAAUGCCAUCUUUGCACAGGAGAAUUAAGAAAAUUAUUUUAAUUUUGUUGCUUUCAGUGGGUUUAGUUUCUAUAAAUCUGAAUGGAAAUGGGAAUAAUUGGUUACAAAUCAUUUUGACAGGUGGUCGAUCUACAACCGAAUGCAAGAAUGUUUUACUGUUUUCUUACAUGAGAAGUGGGUCCUCUGUGACAGGAAAUCUGCUGCGAGACUCUCCGGGAGUAUUUUUCAUGUUCGAACCACUGAGUCCACUAGCACCUUACAGUUAUUUUACAGACAGCUCAGUUUGUGAGAUGAGAAACAGCACGUGCAGAACCAAAAAUGCUAGAGAUCGAAUUGGAACAGCGUUAACGGCACUGGUCAAUCUAUACUCUUGCAAUCUGUCAAAAGUCCCGAUAUCUCUUAUAUAUAAGAUGGCACAAGAAGGAAAGUCCGGUAAAGCGUGGUUAGAAUAUGGAGCAUGUCUGAAUGGAACGAAAUCACGUGACCAACAGAAUAGUAACGACAUAGAUACGACCAUGCAUUGUCUUAAUCGUCUUGAACAAGCUUGCAUAUCUGCUGACCGCAGAGUAGCUAAAGUUUUACGUUUAGGUUUCUCAACAGUAGAGCAACUGCUUAAUAGAUUACCUACUUUAAAGGUGCUGUACUUAACACGAGAUCCUCGUGCAAUAAUCAACUCGCGCAUCAAAACAGAGUGGUUCCCAGUAUUCAAAGAAAAACCCGGAACUGUCUCUAAUAAUAUACUAAGUUUAUGUCUUAAAAUGAAAACGGACAUAAUGUCGUGGAUAUACACUGAUGUAUUGUACAAAGAUAGGAUUUUACAUACUACAUUAAAUAAACUAGCGUCCCGAAUGCCCGUCAUGUCAGACGUGUACAAGUUCAUACACAAGAAAGUAACUGGUGAUGAGAGACAAAAAAUUAUUACAUUUUUACAUGGAAAUAAGGCAAACAAUUAUACAGAAAAAUGGCGGACAGAAUUACAUCCUGCUGAUAGGAAACGAGUAGAAAAUCAGUGUGGCUACGUCAUUCAACGUUUGACUGAGUUAUAAACCGUUUAAAUAUCAUUAUUAUUAAAUAAAAUGUUUGAUAUAAAAUA